AUGUCUCGCGCGAAACUCUUUUCUACUCUUGUUUUUAUGGACACAGAAACAACAGGGCUUCCGGACCAGCUAUUUCAUCCACAUAUAACCGAACUGUCCCUCUUGGCAGUCAGCCGGUUUGCAUUAGAAGACGAAAAAGAUCUCCCGCGAGUGCAAAAUAAACUUGUUCUGUGUUUCCAUCCACGAACAACUAUUAAUGAGGUAGCCGCGAAAAUAUCUGGUAGGUGUUCCCCCUCCCCUGUGUUUGCUUACCACUGUCUUUUUAGGAUUAAAUUACCAAAACCUGUUUCAUCAAAAGGACUUUGACGUCCUGGCUGUGGAACAGAUACAGUUGUUUCUUCUCCGUUUGGACCCACCCAUAUGCCUCAUUGCACAGAAUGGCUUUCGCUUUGACUUUCCGAUUUUGAAGUCAGAAAUAUUGCGUGUAAAGGGGAAGGGUUAUCGUCUCGUUGACUGUCGGGGCGACGAAAUAGUGUGUGCAGACACGCUACACCUCUUCAGGGCCUUCCAGGAAAAGUUGCUCCCCAUUGGCUCCGAUGACUCCGGCUACUUAUCCACUGAAAUCGAGCAGCUUUCGAUCUCGCCCCAUGUGGCCGAGGAAGCACCAGUAACCCCACCUAAACCGGUAGCUACUUCUAGUCCUCUCAAACCCGCCUCCCUCUCCCUCGGCACUUUAUAUACACAUGUUUUUGGAAAACUGCACAAUGCCGCGCAUUCAGCCGAAGGUGACUGCAUUGCCAUGAUAAGGCUACUGCAGCGCCUGGGCUCUUGUGCUAUCGCCUGGCUUGAUUCCAACCACCGACGUCUUUCACACAUUAGUCCCAUGUAUCAACUGAAUGAGAAUGAUUUUCAGCCGCUCGGUGCUCAAGACUUCCCCUACGCCGUAAAAUGCCCCACUUCGAAUGAAUCUUCAUAA